CACCAGGCUGCUGACAACCAUGUCCGCCGCUGCGUUCUUCAGACAUGGCAAGAAAAUCGUGGCUAUAGGCCGCAACUACGCGGAGCACGUCAAGGAGCUGAACAACGCGCUGCCGCAGGAGCCGUUCUUCUUUCUCAAGCCGACGACGAGCUACAUCUCCAACGAGGGGUACGUCGAGAUCCCGAGGGGGGUCAUAGCGCACCACGAAGUCGAGCUUGGACUGGUUAUUGGGAAGCGCGGGCGGGAUAUUGCGCAGAAGGAUGCGGAGGGGCAUAUUGCUGGCUACGCCCUUGCGGUGGAUAUGACGGCGCGGAACAUGCAGGACGCGGUGAAGAAGAAGGGCUUGCCGUGGAGCGCUGCGAAAGGGUUUGAUACGUUUACUCCGGUUGGGUCUUUCAUUGACAAGUCCCUGGUUUCGGAUCCGCAUAAACUCGCCCUUUCCCUGAAGAUAGACGGUACUACGAAGCAGGAUGGUACUACUGCGGACAUGAUCUUUAAGAUACCCCGCAUCAUCGAGCAUAUUUCCUCGAUCAUGACUCUGGAGGAAGGGGAUCUGGUCCUGACCGGCACGCCCUCGGGCGUAGGUCCCCUCUCGCCGGGCGAGACCGUCGAGUGCGAGCUGCUUGACACGGUCUCUGGCAAGCAGCUGUCGAGUCUGAAGUUCUAUGCAGUCGAGAGACAAGGUGGAUAUCAUUUUACAGGGUCUUGAGCCGUCGUUGGCUUCCAGCAGGGCAUGUAAUGACGGGGCUUUGCUUGAUCUUCGUACAGCCGGGGAUAAUUCAGAUGGCGAUUCUGGAGGGAAUGAGAAUGCGUCAGGCUCGUUCACUUCGAAGAUCGCUGAUGCAUUGACGCUGGCGCUGGCGGGUUAAGGAGCAUGUCAUUGGCGCAGACUCUUGUAACGUUGCAAACACCCUCCCCCCUCAAUGUAGCACUUCCCCUUCUCCCGUACUCACCUGGAUAGCCAGUCC